AUGGUCGGUCCCUUCAUGCAGGGCCUCUUCUUGAUUGGCAUCAUCUACUGGUAUUCCAAGGGGAUGAUGUCCAUGAUCAACGACUACUAUAGAAGUGAGUUCCAACGGAAGUUGCAAACAGAACCAGCGAAGGCGAAGGCAGAGACACCCAUCAAUGUGGACAACUUUAUGGAUUAUGUUAGGGAGUUGGACUCUCCGGACGAGGUGGCUAGGAGCCCGGCGGAAGGAAUUGAAACUCGGCAUAUAGGAGAAACCCAUUGCCACGUUCUUCUACGAUUUUUGGAGAUUACCGGCACUCUUGCACCUCCUGAUGUUUGCCUAAUUACGAGCAACUUAGGGUAG